CUCGUAUACACACAUAUGUGUGAGCAUCAGACGCGCAGGACGUGAAUCAGGGAUUGAGAGAGAGAGAGAAACCGCCCGUGCGUUUAACGCGUCAAUCAUCACGCGACGCGCGUCGGAUCACCGGCGGCUGGGAACUCCAAGCGCAAACUCUCCCGGUAGCUUCAUCCGGGAGCCGCGGGUUCAGCAGCAGCAGCAGCAGCAGGAGGAAGAUGAUGUCCGCGGAAGAGGUUCUGGUCCCGGAUGACCGAGUCUUCAGCCGGUUCAGAGGCGAGUGUCAGUCCGAGCAGGGCUGGAGUCUCACCUACAGCAGAACCAGCGUCUGCGUGUGGAUCCAGCUGCUGCAGGAGGACAAGAGCCUGCACAGGAUCAAGUGUCGGAUGCUGUGUAAGGACAUCCCAGCUGAGACCAUGUAUGACGUGCUCCAUGACAUCGAGUAUCGGCGGAAAUGGGACGAGAAUGUCAUCGAGACGUUUGACAUCGGCAAACUGACGGUCAACGCAGAUGUGGGCUAUUACUCCUGGAAGUGUCCUAAACCGCUGAAGAACCGUGAUGUCAUCACCCUGCGCUCCUGGCUGCCGAUGGGCAACGAUUACAUCAUCAUGAACUACUCCGUCAAACACGCUAAAUAUCCUCCUAAGAAGGAUCUGGUGCGAGCUGUUUCCAUCCAGACGGGAUACCUGAUCCAACGCACCGGCCCCAUCAGCUGCACCUUAACAUACCUGGCACAGGUGGACCUGAGAGGUUCUCUUCCCAAGUGGGUUGUUAACAAGUCUUCCCAGUUCCUGGCGCCUAAAGCGAUGAAGCGCAUCAGUAAAGCGUGUCUUCGGUAUCCCGAGUGGAAGCAGAAGCACAGUCCGGGUUUUAAGCCGUGGUUAUUCCCGGAGCAGAACCCACUGUCCAGCAUCCCGCUGUCCGAACUCUCCAUCCAACACGCCGAAUCUCUGGAGAACAUCGACGAGAGCUCACUCAGUGAGAGCAAAGACGAGCGCGCCGAGCACAGUGACAACGAGGGGAACAACUGACACACACACACACACACAUACACACUCACACACACACU